UUCUUCAUUUUCAAGUUUUUUUAAUCUUGUUUUUUGUUUAAAGAAAAUUUGAUUUAGGAUAAAUUGCUUGCUUAUGCACCUAAUCUUCUGCCAGUAGCAUUGGCAUACCGACAACAAAUAUAAAAAACAAAUUGGAAUAUUAUUUUUUUUAAAAAUUGGUUUAGUUUUUCAUUUCUUUUAUUUUUGGGGGCCUUUUUGGGGUCUAUUUAUCUCCUAUCCUUUAUACACCUUUACCCCCAUCAUAAUUCUUCACUGUACUUUGCUUUUCUAUCCGGAAAAUCCCACUUCUUCUCCAUCAGUUUUGAUCUGGAAACAUCAAAUCCCUUUCUGGGUCUUGCAGAUUCUCCCUGAAUCUCUUCAUUUUCUUGGAGACUAUUUUCGUGAUUAAGCAAUAGAUUUCUGACAAUCUGAAGCUCGACUUCUUCAACGUGUUCGUCCAAUCUAAGUAUAUAUGGGCUGAGGUGUACAUUUCAUGGGAGGUGUAGAGGAUGAUGAACCACCUUCAAAACGUGUGAGAAUAUCCUCUUGUAAAUUGGAAGGUCUUUCGAACGGUACAUCUCUUAGAGAGCCUGCUAGUGGUGCAUCGUGUGAUUUAAUGGCUCGGCCCCUAGCAUCUGAAGGGGACGAUGAAGUCGUUGGUCCAAAAGGAGUUGUUAGGAAAGUUGAAUUUGUUCGAAUCAUUGCUGAGGCAUUAUAUUCACUUGGAUACAAGAAGACUGGGGCACAUCUUGAGGAAGAGUCUGGGAUACCAUUGCAUUCAUCUGCUGUUAACUCAUUCAUGCAACAGGUUCUUGAAGGCAAAUGGGAUGAAAGUGUAGUUACAUUACAUAGAAUUGGUCUAGUGGAUGAAUCUAUUAUUAAGUUGGCAUCUUUUGUAAUCUUGGAGCAGAAAUUUUUUGAACUUCUAGAUGGAGAAAAUUUCAUGGAUGCUUUGAAGACAUUGAGAACUGAGAUUGCACCUCUUUGUGUAAACAGUGAUAGAGUUCGUGAGCUUUCUUCGUGCAUUGUUUCUCCAUCACACUGUGACCUUUUUCGAUUUUCUGGUAAAGAUACUAUAACGGUGAAGCCUAGGUCAAAGUUGUUGGAGGAAUUGCAAAGAUUGCUUCCACCAACAGUAAUGAUUCCUGAGAAAAGAUUGGUGCAUCUUGUUGAACAGGCUCUUGACCUACAGCGGGAUGCUUGCAAGUUCCACAACUCGUUGGUCGAGGAAAUGUCACUUCUUACUGACCACCAGUGUGGAAGAGACCAUAUUCCUUCUCAAACUUUACAGAUACUAAAUGAACACAGUGAUGAAGUGUGGUUUUUGCAGUUUUCCCACAAUGGGCAAUAUUUAGCCUCAUCAUCUAAUGAUCGCACAGUUAUCAUAUGGGAGGUAAAAGUGGAUGGUCGAGUCUCGUUGAAGCGUAAGCUAGCUGGUCACCAGAAACCUGUGUCCUUUAUAUCAUGGAGCCCUGAUGACCAUCAACUCCUAACUUGUGGAGUAGAAGAGGUGGUUAGACGAUGGGAUGCUUCGACCGGUGAAUGCCUCCAUACCUAUGAAAAAGGAGGUCUGGGUGUGGUGUCUUGUUCAUGGGCUCCAGAUGGCAGAACGGUCUUCACUGGACUGGCUGACAAGAGUCUUAUUAUGUGGGAUAUAGAUGGGAAGGAGCUAGAGUGUUGGAAGGGGCAGCGGACUAGUAAGAUGUCAGACUUGGGGAUAACAAGUGAUGGGAAACAGAUUGUCUCUGUUUGUAAAGAUACUUCGAUUUUAUUAUUUGGAUGGGAAUCCAAGGCUGAAAAAAUAAUUGAAGAGGAUCAAAUUAUUAUUUCAUUUGCACUAUCCAGGGAUGGUAAAUCCCUACUAGUUAGUCUUCUGAAUGAAGAAAUCCAUCUGUGGAAUAUAGAGGGACAUGUGAGGCUCUUAGCCAAAUACAAAGGUCACAAGCGUUCUCGAUUUGUCAUAAGAUCCUGUUUUGGAGGCCUAGAGCAAGCAUUUGUUGCCAGUGGGAGCGAGGAUUCCCAGGUGUAUAUAUGGCAUAGAAGCUCUGGAGAGCUAGUUAUGACAUUGCCUGGACAUUCUGGCACGGUGAACUGUGUUAGCUGGAACCCCUCGAAUCCUCAUAUGCUGGCAUCAGCUAGUGAUGAUCGCACAAUACGCAUAUGGGGUUUAAAAGAGGUAAAAAUGAAGCAGAAUGGAGCCCAUACUAAUGGUGUUCACUACAGUAAUGGUGGAAGUUGAGGUCUGCAUCUGAAAAGCACAAUGUCUUGCAUUCUUACUAUCUCUCACUUUAGCCAUGCUUUUGUGUAAAUCCUUUUACUUUCAUGUUCAGCUGACAUUUAUAACAACAAGAAUGUAAAAUGUGCAUUCACGCUUCCAAUAAACUAUGUACUUCUUUUAUUUGAAUAUUUUGUUAGCCAUUUCUUAUUCC